ACGGAUGAGCGAGCUGCAGUCUUACGAAGCUUUCAAGACGUUUGAUCGGUGGUGCAGGAGCACAGACUUUUCCAGAAGAUUCUGUCUCAACAAAGCAGUGUCACGUGACCACAGAACGAAAACUCAGGGGUUAUAUUUUUUUUAUGCAUUGCUCAGUUUGACCCAUUUCCUUUCUGAAAAUGCUCAAGGCUCUCUGCUGGACUGAGACCGUCUGAGAAGGACAGGAAGAAAAGCAGCAGCAAAGAGGUUGAUUGCGAAGCAUUUGUUUCCUGAAGCAGGCGUCAUUCGUGUCCUCACGCUGGGGAAGGCAAAACGGACACGUCUCAACCCCUCCUGCCCUUUACGUUCUCUAACCUCUCAAGUCCUCCGGAGGAUCCGUCAACGGGCUUCAGUCAUGCACCUGAAAACCAUGAAGUGCAACCCUUUCUGCCUUAUCGCUUCCUUAGAGGAUCCGGAUAUGUUUAACAGACCCGAGGAGAGGGCUAGUUUUGAGGAUCUCUUCCGUGCCUUUGACCAAAACGUCACUUUCCAGUUCUUCAAGAGUUUCCGUCGGGUGAGGAUAAACUUUACCAAUGCUCUGGCUGCUGCAGAGGCAAGAGCAAAACUCCACAAAAGUGACUUCAACGGCAGGGAGGUGCGACUCUAUUUUGCCCAGUCUGUUCACAUUGGCAGUCCACACCUGGAGCCUCCUAAACCAGAUAAGCAGUUCCUCCUGUCUCCUCCGCCGUCACCUCCUGUGGGUUGGGAGCAGGCAAAGGACGCCACACCUGUCAUUAACUAUGACCUUUUGUGUGCCAUCUCCAGACUAGGGCCAGGUGAAAAGUAUGAGCUCCAGCCAGGAACUCCCACCACUCCCAGUGUGGUUGUUCAUGUUUGCGAGAACGAUCAAGAAAGCUCAGGAAAUGAGGAGGAUAUGGAUGGUGGCAGACGUCCACGUCCAAAAAUCAUCCAGACCCGUCGCCCAGAAUACACGGUCACGCAGUGAGCCUAGGGAACCACUCAUUGUGCCAUAAUCUUUGCUUUACUAUCACAGGACCCUCUGAGGGAUCUGCCGAGGCAUGCAGUUGGUUCUCCAGACCACUAGAAGAUGCCUUAAGACAGAACCUCAGCCCUGUGGAGAGAGACAUAAUGUAUAUGUCCACUAUCUCAUAGGACAAUGGGGUUCACUGCAUGCGUUUGAUGGUAGAGUGACUCAUUUUUCUGCAGGCUGGGGGUUUUCAAGAGUGCUUUCAUUGGUAACUGUGGCCAUGGAGAACUUGAGUCUCCUAUUGUGUAGUGUUUUUUGUAUCUUGGGAAGCAUGUUGAAUCCCAGUCAGUGGGUGUGUUGAUAUGAUUAGUUUGUAUUUCCUUUUAGUUUAGCUUGAUAUUUUCAGGCUCUUAUUUAAUAACACUCAUGUGCAAGAUUAUUGGAACUUGAACUAGAGUAAAUGCUGGCUAUGAAGUAAAUAUUUAUGUCAAAAAAAUUGGGAUUUUAUUUUUCCCAUUCAUAUGGCAAUUGUAUGUCUCAUUCCAACAUGUGCCUCAGCAUGUUCCUAAAUUACCGAAUCACGAUUAAGUGCUCUCAUAUGACUAAUUUUUUUUUUAUUUGUCUAGAUAUCUACAGCUUAAGAUUUUUUUUUUUUUUCCCCUCUGGGGGAAGGCGAGGUAGGGUUUACGAGAGUCCAUUGUUUUAAUGUUUUUAACAAAACUGACUUAAAAAAAAUAAAAUAAAAAAUCCCAAUGUAGUCCUUUUAAGAUCAAUUUAGGAUGUACUGAAAGGCAUGGUCCUCAAUUUCAUGCACUCGAGUCAUUUGUAGGACCAUAACACUGUAAUCAGUUUUGAUGGAGGACUGUUACACUUUACGAGGAUGAACAUCAAUUGAUUUUAUUACAUGAAGCUUAAUAAUGUAUUUCUGAUGCCUUUUACUGUUUGUAAUGUCUGUAUAUAAUGGUGUAUGUUGUUUUUUUUGUUUGGUUUUUUUUUUUACUUGGUUUUGAAAAUGUCACUGACUUGGAAAUGGCUUGGGUGUUUGUCUUGUCAUAAAUAACAGCCAUAACAUGUCAUUAAAAUAAGUUGUUUUUCUUCA